AUGCGGUCCAAAAUCCCCAGAAUCAACCGGAAAUCUUGCAACCUGUGCCGACGACAGAAAAGGAAGUGUGACCUUCAGUCUCGUCUAGAGAACGGGGUAGAAAGAUGCUCCAGAUGUGCCGAGCGAGAUCAUGAAUGCCACUUUGGCAGCUCGGAUGACACCUACGGAAACGAGCGCAAGUCCUUGCAGCGCUGUAGCUCGAAAUCAGAGCCACUGGAAGAACCAGGUGUCGUAGAAGGUUGCGAUUCUCUUCCGUCAUUGUCGCCAGAAGUCACUGCCGCUACAAUUUUGUUCGACGAAAGUCCCAGCUCGAAGUUCUCGGGUAGCUUCCUCGAACCCUGCUCUGAACAUUCAUUGUUCCUCCAACGUGUCUUUGGCAAUCAUCGCCCACAGAAUUCGCACACCACCCCUCUUGCUGAGUCAAGCUCAGACUCAAGCAGCUCAGAAUCACAGAACACUGAAAAGGCGACGACGGCUGUGGCGCACGAGUUCAUUCGCCAUGAUACUAGGUCCGGUGCUUUUCGCUCAGCGAGAAGCCACUUCUUUCAAUUGUUGUUGGAUGAGAUAGCUCAUCCUGGCGCAACUUUCCCUUCGCAUCUAGUUGACUUAUGCGGCGACACGAGCGCUUAUGUCGAGUCGCUCCAUGCUUACUUUGAUUUCCCGGGCCUUUACCGACCUUUUGUUCCAGAGCAUGCGUUUUGGCUGGACUUUUACGCAGACCGCUGCAGUCCCGCCCUUCUUUCAGCUAUCGCCUGUUGCGGUAUAUCUUACACAAAAGCGGCAGACAAAUGGAAGAAGCAGCAGCGCCUUGCCAUCGCGUGCAUGAAGCAUCUCAUGAAGACUGAAGCCGUCCAAACCGGCUCAAUAGUUCGUCUCGAUGAUCUUGAGGCGAUUGCCCUGUUGAUUGAUUUUAAGUUCGAUCGAGCUCACAAGCCCCCAACAACCAUAUGGAAGCGAUUUAUGUCACAUGACGCCCUAGUCCUGAUGAGCCUGCAGUCUCGGAAUCGCGCACCAAGGAAGUUGGAUCCUUCGGCAGCCUUAGCACAUGUUGACGAGCGCUUUACGCUUCUAUAUUGGGACGUGUUUGGCCGUGAUGCUUUCCGUUGCCUCAAUCAGAAGAGCACGUCUCUCAUACUAGACCACAAUCCUGGUUCAACGGAGGAUUUUCUGCGACAUGAAGCGGGAAGUUAUCUCGAUGCCAUACUCAGCUUGUCCAUCGUUGCGCGUCAGAUAGCCAAAAAGCUGUGUAAUACCACAGUGAAAGCCACAGGUAUCGCGUACGGUGAUAUUCGUUCGCUCUACGAACUGCUUCGCCACUGGCGCAAGAAUAUCUUGCCCCCCAAGUUGCAACAGCCAAUAGAUCGGCAGAGCGAGGUCGCCGAGAAAGCCCGUGUUGCUAUGACAUCUACUCCUAUUGCAGCAAGGGAAGCCCGUCUCCAGCGUGCGGUUUUGUGGGCGCUGGAGAUCAAAUGUUAUUUGCAAAUCGAAGAAUGUGUUGCAUGGUACGGCUUAAGAGAGGGCGUAUUGGUCCAUACAGACGCAAUUGCUCUCUGUACGGAGCACAAGAGUUUAAAGGUUGCUCUAGAAGCGGUGGAUUUGGCAAGAGCGAUCAAGGAAAACCACCCCUGCGAUGCGGAUUUGGACGGAAAACCAUUGGUUGAUCUCGCACCGUCUAUACUGCGAGAUAGUUGUGCUGAAGUAUGUCUCUGGAUUUGUUCGCGUGGCAAGAGACCUUCGGGACUACUUGAAGACCAAACUCGGGUCAAUCAUUCAAGACCUCUCGGUGAACAGUGUCUCCAAACUCCUGAACAAAUCCAUACGAGAGGCAGACGGGCAGACUAUGCCAAAAUUGCUAAGUCGCUUCGGGACGCAGUGGCCGCAGCUCUAUCUCACAGGGACACUGAGCAGAUGGUUAUACGGCUCGAUGACCAGAUCGCCUCUUUGGAGGCAGACUAG